AUGGAAGAUGGUUCUUACUUCUUGCGUUCAGUAGGAAAAACAGUCUUGUCGAAGGUGUAUGCAUUAAAAAUUCCCUCUUACUUACUGCCAUUAGGUAGACGUGGAAUGGUAGAUGGAAAACUUUCGAGAUGUAAAAGAUUGAAGAAUUCUCACUGUAAAAUAUCUGUUCAUAUGUUUUUGCCAAUGCUCUUCUCGCAUAUCGUACAGCAAAGUGCAAAGAUAAAAAGAUAUCGCAGUGGAGAAGGAGAAGCGGAAAACGUGCCAUUUUCGAUUGGAGGUCAUUAA